AUGGAGAUGGAAUGCCAGCAGACGCUGCUGCGGGACGCACAGUCCACCGACGAUAUGGCUCGUUUACUGAGUCAAGAGAUUGCAUUGUUUCAGCGCAGCAUGUAUAAGAAUCACAGCCAGCACCGCCGCGCCUUCUUCUUCCAAAACUUGCAGCACGUCAAGCGAUUAUUGCGCGAUUUUAAAGUGGAGACUUUCACGGCCACGUUCACAGAGGCUUCGGCUGUCUUAGAGCAAUUUGAACUAGAGUCUGGAGCGCAUCAUAUUUCAUGGAAGGUGCUAGCUUCAGACCUAAAGAUCAAUACAGAUGCUGUACUACGGAAGCUCGUGAUUGUUGCGUCUGUUGCGGCAGAAACAAUCUACGCAGCUCAGAAGGCGUACAAAGGCUUGAUGGUACAGUUCACGAUGACGUACUUCAUGCCGUUUGCAUUGGUGAUGAACAGCAUCCUCGCACGACUAACCGUUCUAUUUAAGACAGUGCUUAUUCGAACCAUUGAGCUUCACGGAGGCAUCACGCUACUGUAUCUGAACGAGGUGACCAAGUCUAAUCCGCUUCGUGCUAAGGUCACUGCAGUCCAGCUUCGCGGAUACAAAAUUCCUAGCGACGUCUUGCAGAUUGCAAAUGCGUAG